AUGACUACACCUGUGUCGUUCGAUUGGAAGGACCCAUUGAAUGCCAACAGCUUGCUUACAGAAGAGGAGCAAGCCAUCUCGGAAACAGCAGAGUCAUACUGCCAGGAGCGUAUGCUCCCGCGAGUGCUUGAUGCAUAUCGCAAUGAAGACUUUGACAGGAAAAUCAUUGAAGAGAUGGGCGGAUUGGGGCUGCUAGGUGCAUCGAUUCAAGGCUACGAGUGUGCUGGUGUAAGCAGUGUAGCCGCUGGUUUGAUCACAAGAGCAGUAGAAAGAGUAGACUCAGGAUACCGCUCGGGCUACUCGGUGCAGAGCUCACUUGCCAUGGGUGGUAUCGAGGAAUUUGGAUCAGAGGAACUAAAGGAGCGACUUCUGCCGCAGAUGGCGAAAGGUAAACUUCUUGGCUGCUUCGGUCUGACUGAGCCAAACCACGGAUCCGACCCAGGGUCCAUGGAGUCAGUCGCCAAGCCACAUCCUUUCAAGGAAGGUUACUACUCCCUCUCUGGAUCAAAGACGUGGAUCACAAACUCGCCCAUCGCCGAUGUCUUCGUUGUAUGGGCAAAGCUGCAGGAGACAGGGAAGAUCCGUGGUUUUGCCAUUGAGCGCAAGGAUUGCCCACCAGGUACUCUCGAGACACCAGCCAUCAAGAACAAAAACGGGUUGAGAGCCUCCAUCACCGGUAUGAUCCAGAUGGACGAGGUUCCUGUUCCCAAGGAGAACAUGUUCCCAGACGUGGAAGGGUUGAGAGGGCCUUUUAGCUGUCUGAACUCUGCCAGAUAUGGUAUUGCUUGGGGAACAAUGGGUGCAUUGGAAGAUGCUAUUGCAAGGACCCGGGAGUAUGCUCUGGACAGGAAGCAGUUCAAGGGCAAUCCGAUUGCCAAAUACCAGCUUGUGCAGAAGAAGCUGGCAGAUGCAACCACAGACGCUGCGUACGGUAUCUUGGCUGCCUACCAGGUGGGUAGACUGAAGGACGAGGGCAAGGCUGCACCUGAGAUGAUUUCCAUGAUCAAGAGGCAGAACUGUGACCGUGCAUUGAUCAACGCCCGAACGCUCCAGGAAGUAUUUGGCGGAAACGCAGUGUCUGAUGAGUACGGCAUUGGCAGGCACGUGGCAAAUUUGUUUGUUACUCAGACAUAUGAGGGCCAGAGCGAUAUCCACUCCUUGAUCCUCGGUCGCGCAAUCACAGGCAUCCAAGCGUUCUGCUGA